AUGUGGUGUUUGUUAUUGAACUUUUGAGAGCGUCAUGUUGGGCUUAAGCUAAAAGGAUGCUUCAAGCGAAUAGAGAUUCCACGAGCGCAGCCGUCAUCUUCUUCCUCCCUGUAAACUUCUAAUCCUGCUGCAUUUCGCUCCCCAUUCGAGUGUUCGCUCUACUUUCUUUGGUUUUCUACAGCCUCGCUGCUUGACGGUUAUCGCUGCCGGAUAGAUUAAGGAAAAUCUGUUCAUACACUUCGAUCUUCCAUUUUUAUACCCAUUGGACCUUACAGGUAUAUAUAUGGAUGACUGCAAUUUAAAAUAUCAAGAUAAACUUAUUUUACGGGGUUUGCAAUUUUAUGGAUUUCAUGGAGUGCAUCCUGAGGAAAAGGAGCAAGGUCAAAAGUUCUUGGUAGAUAUUGAUGCCUGGUUAGAUUUAAGAAUUGCUGGUGAAACUGAUGAUAUAAUAAAUACUGUAAGCUACACUGACAUUUACAGAAUAGCCAAGGAGAUCAUGGAGGGUCCAAGUCAGAAUCUACUGGAGUCAGUGGCUCACCUGAUGGCCAACACAACCCUGCUUAAAUACCCUCAGAUACAUGCUGUAAGAGUGAAGGUUGGUAAACCUGAUCUUUUACUUCACGGCCCCAUUGAUUAUUUGGGUGUUGAAAUACUUAGAAGCAGAUUUAACAAUGAAAAAUAAGUAAGAAGAGCUCAAAUGUGAAAAAAUAUUGCGUCCGGAGUCCCGGAAGCAGAGCUUUGUCCGGACAAUGGACAUGAUACAGCGCAGCGGAGCGGGAGCUCAGACCUCCGCGGGACGCAAUAUUUUCUCCUCAAAUGUAAUGUUCUUAUUUUUGUUCUGAACAAACUGUUUAUAUGUGUCUCUUAUUUGAGAUCAAGUGCUUGAAAUGAUGAAAAUUUGAAUUU